AUGCUCGUUUACCUUUCCACUGUUGGUCUGGACACUAUCAAGCAAAUCCCAAUACAAUUCAGAUUUGGUAAACAUCAUGUUGCGGCUGCAUGUUAUCCUAUGCUGUACAGUGCAGUGCAUAUCAUAGACCUUCCAAAGGAUUCGGUUUCUACAUGGAUACUCUGCUUCUUCACGCAAGAUCUCGCCUAUUAUCUCGGUCAUCGUGCAGUACACGAAGCUGGUGUGCUCUGGUCCGUUCAUGAGAUUCAUCAUUCCUCUGAGUACUACAAUCUUAGCACCGCUCUUCGUUUGUCAAUAAAUCAGGAUGUUUUUAUGCUGUUUUUCGACAUGCUACAAGCUCUCGCCAUUCCACCAAAUAUAUUCAUCGCUCACAAAUAUCUAAACAUUAUCUUUCCAUUCUGGCUUCACUCGAACGCAGUUCCCUACCUCGGUCCACUUGAGUACUUCCUCAACACUCCGUCUAGCCACCGAGUUCAUCAUGGCAGAAACCCUUACUGCAUCGACAGGAACUAUGGAGCUGUCUUGAUUAUUUGGGACAGGUGA